AUGGACUAUACAACCUGGGGAGUGAUGGGCCAGGAGGGAGAAACGGAGAAAACGAGGGACGAGGCCAGAGAAGGGCGGACCACCAUUGUGAUAGCUCAUCGCUUGUCUACAGUUAGUAGUGCUGAUGUCAUUGCUGGCUUUGAUGAUGGAGUCAUUGUGGAGAAAGGAAAUCAUGAGCAGCUCAUGAGAGAGAAAGGCAUUUAUCACAAACUUGUCACUAAGCAGGGGCUGAAGAGAAAGGAGAAGAACACAGCUGGACAUGUGGCAAUGGGUUCCAAGCUUGCUUUCCUUGCCCAGAAUAAGCAAAUCUUGGGACAGGAAUUAUUAUUUCCUUUAUCUUGGCUGGCAUCUAGCCCUUUUGCCCUUGGCAAUUUUCCCAUAAUGGCAAUAGGAGGAAUUAUUCGGAUGAAAAUGCUAACUGUACAAGCUCUGAAAAAUAACCAGAUGCUGGAAGAAAAUGGUUCUUCAGUUGGAGAAGAGGAACCUGAACUAAAUAUACAAAAAAGGUGUUGGAAGGAAAAUGUGACCUUUAAUGAAGUGAAGUUCAACUAUCCCACCUGGCCAGACAUCCCAGUGCUUCAGGGACUGAGUCUGCAGGUAAAGAAGGGCCAGACGUUGGCUCUGGUGGGCAGCAGCGGCUGUGGGAAGAGCACAGUGGUGCAGCUCCUGGAGCGCUUCUAUGACCCAUUGGCUCGCUCAGUGCUUCUGGAUGGCAAGGAAAUAAAUCAACUGAAUGUGCAAUGGCUCCGGCAGGAGCCUGUCCUAUUUGACUGCAGCAUUGCUGAGAACAUCGCCUAUGGAGACAACAGCCAGAAUAUGUCCCAGGACGAGAUCAUGAGGGCAGCCAAGGAGGCCAAGUUCAUUGACUCACUGCUUGAUGGAAAUUAA